UACUUGCGACCUACUGGGCUCUACAGGGGACAUGGUUAGUCUUCUACGCCAGGAAUGGUUUUAUUCGCGGAGUUGUAAACCCGAUGUUUUCCAUGCUAAGUAUAAACAGUGUACAAUGUUUUUCUUUCUAGAGAUCUGUGUAGACAUUCAAAUGUCUCUCUAUUUUCUUUUUAUAUACGGUGGAAUUUUGCGACACCUAACAACACGGGUUGUACCAAAGCAAAGAGCCUUAAACGUCGCACACUACAUUUUAAGCAGCACACAUACAAUAUACAAGAAAACAUUUAUCAGCAGUUUCGCAGACCAAAUGAUCGUCCACUGUUGGCAGUUGUCAAUGGCUCUUCUUCUGAUUUUCAUCUGCAAUGCUCUUCGACUUGUAUAUGGACUCGAUAACGGGCUGGCGCUUGUACCUCCGAUGGGCUGGAUGCCCUUCGAGAGGUUCCGCUGCAUGACGGAUUGUGCCCGAUUCCCCAAGGAUUGCAUCAGUGAAUCGCUUAUCAGGCGCACGGCUGACCUUUUAUCAUCUGAGGGCUAUGCUGCUGCUGGAUAUAAAUAUUUAAUUAUCGAUGACUGUUGGAUGGAAGCGUCUCGCGAAGAAGCGACUCACGAGCUUCAGCCCAGCUUCGAUCGUUUCCCCAGUGGAAUGAGGGCCCUUGGCGACUAUAUUCAUAGCCUAGGACUGAAGUUUGGAAUUUACCAUGAUGUGGGUCAGAAAACAUGCAUGUUCCGCGGUCCCGGGGCUGCUGGGCACUUUAAGCUAGACGCUCAAACUUUCGCUAAAUGGGGCGUUGACUACGUCAAGAUGGACGGCUGCUACGCUAGUGAAAAUGAUAUCGACUGGGGGUACCCAGCUUUUGGAGCGGCCAUGAACCAAACGGGCCGACCUAUGGUGUACUCCUGCAGUUGGCCUUUUUAUAAGUCAAAGCCAAACUACUCAUUGAUAGCGAAACAUUGUAAUCUGUGGAGGUUUGCUGUUGACAUACAGGACUCGUUUACAUCGGUGACGAACAUAAUGACACGGUACUCCAGCAAACAGGAUAUUCUGACUGCACAUUCUGGCCCUGGUCGCUGGAAUGAUCCUGAUAUGCUUGUCCUGGGCAACUUUCGAUUAAGUUACGAUGCCAGCCGUUUGCAGUUAGCUAUAUGGGCAGUGAUUGCUGCCCCUUUGAUUAUGACCAACGAUUUGGAGACAGUACGUCCGGAAAUAAAGAAACUUCUCCAGAACCCUGAUGUAAUAGCGAUAGAUCAGGAUCCAUUGGGCCAGCCUGGAAAGAUCGUUUUUGCGGUGCAAAACCUCCAGGUUUGGGUUCGGCAUGUAUCUCCGGUGAACGCCUUUGGCCAAAAUUCUUUUGCAGUAGCCUUCGUCAAUCAAGGAGGCUUUGAUGCAUGUCCCUUGUGUCCUCAGACAUUAGAGGUACCCUUGUACAGAAUAGGCUUGAAGAGCCGCAUGGGCUAUUCUGUAGUAUUUUUUUAGGACUUGUUCAACGUUACCAACAAUUUGGGAUUGUUUAAGCCAAAGGAUACGUUUACCACGCGAAUUAACACGGAAGGUGUUAAUUUCUACAAAUUUACUGUAGUUCCAUACUACUAAUUUUUUUAAAAGCAUUAAAAUUAACUAUGUAUCCGUCGGUA